AUGAUUGUGACGUCCUGGAAUUGUCGAGGCGUGGGGAACCGGGAAAUGAUUCGCCAUACUAAAUUCCUUCUUUCUAAGAAGGAGGUGGGGGCGAUUUGUUUCCUUGAGACCAAAACGAACAAGGCGGAUAAACUGCUCACGUUGUUAAGUAAGUUGGGUUUUGAUAACUAUUUCAUGGUUGACACUCUUGGUUUUGUAGGGGGUCUACUUUUAGUUUGGAACAAAAGUAUGCUAAACCUCGAGGUGAUUGAUAGUAAUUCUCAGACUAUCCAUUGCAAGGUGUUUGAGGGAGGGACUACCCAUCUCCAUGUGUCCUUCGCGUAUGUGCGCCCCAACCCAAGAGCCAAUGAGUUAUUUUGGAUAGAAUGUAAGACUUUUAGUGACGCUCUGUCAGGGCCGUGGGUUAUGAUGGGGGACUUCAGUGACAUUGCUAGUUUGAAUGAUCACUGGGGGAGCGAACAGAUCAACAUGAGUAAUUUAGAUCGAUUCUGUUCAGCGUAUAGUGACUGUGGUCUUAUGGAGGUUAGCUCAACCGGGCCUAACUUCACUUGGCUUAGACAAAUUGGAGGGCGCACGGUUACCAGGAAGAAGUUGGAUCACGUUUUCUGGAACCUCGAAGCUCAGGAAGCCUUUCCCGAAGCCAAAGCUAGAGUUCUUGCUAGAACACACUCAGACCACCACCCCAUCUCAUUUGACAGCAGGGCAGGUGCGGCUCCGGAUAGGUCAGCCAGGCCAUUCCGGUUCGAGGCGGCGUGGAUUUCUCCUGAAGACUAUAAGGAGAUUUGGAGGAAAGCUUAG